UCCGGGGCCGUUCCGGCGUCCGUCUCGCGGCUGCGUCCGUCGAGGCGAGCGGAUGCCGCUGCCGAUGGCGAUCAGCUGAUGAUUUCUUUUUUCCUGUUGGGCUUUUUUGGCUGAGUUUUGGCUUUCGGAGGUACUGCGAUUACUGGCGAGCGGGCAUUUUUUGGCGAAUGGAGCUGGACCGGUUGUUCAUGAUUUCGGGAGGUUUCUUGGGAGCCGUCCGCCGAUACGAAAUAUUGAGAGCUUGUGCGUGGGGGGAUUCCUGCGGCCGGAAGUCCUACGAUAGUUUCCUGAAAUAGCUGUGAGGGUUGAUUGUGGCGGAAUAGAUGGUGGUUCAUGGCUGCGUCCCGAGUACUGUUAACUUUUUGGCCCUUGGGUAGUGUUGAAUGUUGAAGCUUUUUCAGAUCAACUACACUUUCGGGAACAGCAAAAGCCAGUCUACGUGAAGUAAUUACAAAACCAGAGGUUGAGGCAACAGAGACGCUCUGUAUUUCGUCAUGUCUCCAAUGACGAAGGAUGAAGGGGCCGACUCAGGAACAGCCGGUAGCAGUAGAAGUGAUUGCCCAAAAGGCUUCUACUAUGACAUGUUCUUGAGUUUUCGAGGUCCUGACACUCGGGAUGGAUUUGCAGAUCGCCUCCACGAGUCCCUGACCAAUUCAGGGUUCCGGGUUUUUAUGGACGACGAAGAAAUCCGACAGGGCGAGGAGAUUGGGUGGAAGAUUCUGCGAGCAAUAGAGGACUCCAAAAUCUACAUACCCAUCUUCUUCACCGGAUAUGCUUCGAGUAGAUGGUGCCUCCGCGAGCUCGCACACAUGGUGGAGUGUGCAUAUCCAGAUUCUUCGGGAGGACGAACAGGGCAUGAGAUACUUCCGAUAUUCUAUGACGUGGAACCCUCGGAUCUUAAGCUCGAAACAAAACUGUAUGGAGACGCUUUAAGGAGGCAUGAGGAGGAGCAAGGCCGUCAUGUAGUGAAGCCCUGGGAGGAGGCUUUAAGAAAGGUUGCUAAAAUCAAGGGAUGGCAGAUUAAAGGCCAACGCCACAGCGUAGUCAUUGGAGAUAUCAAGCAAGAGAUUUCUCGUGGGAUGACAACAAGAGAGAGAAAUGUUCCUGAUGAUUUGGUUGGAAUAACGGACAGAGUAGAAUACAUUAAGAAGUUGUUAGAUCCCACUUGUGAUGAUAUCCGAGUCGUCGUAAUUUACGGCAUGGGUGGCAUCGGAAAGACAACGCUUGCCAACGUAGUCUGUAAUGAACUCUCUCCUCUAUUUCAAGGUUGGAGCUUUCUUCGUGAUGUUCGAGAAUCAUCAUCCCGAUUCGAUGGCAUUGAAAAAUUGCAAAAGAAACUACUAUGGGACCUUUUCAACCUCACACGUCCAGAGACCUUUGACAUAGACGAAGGAGUAAAUAUGAUAAAACAUAGACUGCCUAACAAAAGAGUCUUGAUCGUUCUCGAUGAUGUGGAUGAUGGUGAUCAACUCAUGCAACUGGCAGCAAAACCCGAUUGGUUUUGUCCAAGAAGUAGGAUCAUUAUCACGACUAGAGACACUAGGGUAAUACCUACAACCAAGGUGGAAGGGUUGGAAGAAAGUGUCUUAAUGCAGCCCAUAAAGAUUUACCCUUAUGAAAUGAUGGGGUUACAUUCUGAUCAUGCUCUACAACUUUUUAGCAAGCGUGCCUUUGGCACAGAUUCACCUCCACCUGAUUUUUAUUAUCUUUCAAGAGAAGUUGUAGCUUUAAUCGGAGGACUCCCUUUGACUGUUGGGGUGAUAGGCUCGUAUCUCCGUACCAUAAAAAAUGAACCAUGGGAUGGUGCAUUGAAGAAGUUGAAGGAAGUCCCCCAAAAGGAAGUUCUCGAAAAGUUAAUAAUAAGUUACGAUGCACUGGAGGAUGAUACAAAACAAAUUUUUCUGGAUAUCGCAUGCUUCUUUGUGAUGAAGAGAAAAACCAAUGCAUUUUACAUGUGGGAAUCUUGCAACCUUUUUCCUAAUGCUGAAUUUCAGGUUCUUAUUCGUAAGUCAUUGAUCAAGAUUGUUGAUGGCGAUAGAAUAUGGAUGCAUGAUCAAUUAAGAGAUCUCGGAAGAGAAAUUGUUCGUCAGGAGAAUAUUAUAAAUCCCGAAGGUCGGAGCCGAUUGUGGUCACGCAAGAUGGCCUUAGACAUAGUCCGGGCAAGAAAGGGAACAGAUAAUGUAGUAGCGCUUGCACUAUUGGGAUCUAGACACAACUUUACUCGUGAAGACUUUGCAGAUCUUUCGAAAAUAAGGUUCCUUGAAAUGGACGGAGGAAACUUCACUGGAGAUUUUGAGAAUAUAUUUUCAGAGUUAAGAUGGCUUUGUUGGCGACACUGCCCUUCAAAACUUCAGGCAAACAACUUUUUGCUAAAGAGCCUAGUUAAUCUCAAGCUUUCGGGUAAUAUUAUCAUAGACAAGUGGAGCGGAUGGGUCCAAAUCAUGAUGGGAAGUCAACUGAAGGUAUUAAAUCUCAAAGGUAGUAAAUUUCUAACUAGAACACCAGACUUUAUUGGAUGCUUGAAUUUAGAGAGAUUGAUCAUCAGAGAUUGUGAGAACUUGAAUGAAAUUGAUGGCUCAAUUAGAAAAUUGGAGCAACUCGAGUGCUUGAAGAUCAAAUGGUGUCCUCGUCUAAAAGAUUUGCCAAAGGAAAUUGGUUGUCUAUCUUCCCUGAGAGAGCUUAUCUUAAUUCAGUGCCAAUACAUUCGUAAUUUGCCAUCUUGGAUUGGUAAACUUACAGGUCUGUCAAGGCUAGUGAUGGAAGAUCUCGGACUUGAUCAACUUCCUCAGGAAAUCUCAGAGCUAGUGGAUCUUAAGUACUUGUCUUUGAUGAAUUCUACAAGGCUAAAAGAACUUCCAUACGCAAUGGGGCUAUUGAAAUCAUUGGUAGAGUUGGAUCUUUCCGGCACAUUGAUUGGAGGACUACCUUUAUCUAUCGUAAACCUGGAGAAUGUAGUGGUAAAGAUUAACAGUAGCGCCAUAAAACUCCAACUGGAAGACUGCGGAAAAAGAUCCACCAGUUAUUUGAGUGCUCAAAGAUCUGAAUUAUAUGGCAAGAUUAUGAGCGGAGGGGAGCUGGGAUCCUCUCUGAGACUCUCUGAAUAUCCUAUUGACUUGCUUAUAGAGUGCGGGAUGAUUCAAACAGAGUACGAUGUUGAUCUCCAAUGCAUGCCUAGUUACAUCAAAGAGAUUUCUGCCUCGACAAUAUUUAACGCUUCGGAGACAAGAUGUCCUGCUUCAACGAGUGAGGCCAUCCUGUUUGACUGUGGGAUCGUAAAAUCACCCUGCUCAAUGGGAGAAGUUGAAAAUCUUAUCUACAGUCUGGUCUCCCUUUUGGAAAGAAUUAGGGCAAUAGAUUUCUGUUUUCGAAGCCACUUACAAGUUUGUUGCGUGUCCCCAGAAAAUCCAUUAUUGGGGGUUAAAAUUGCCAGUAAAGAUCGGGCUUAUGGGCUAUUAAAUCGGAGGUACUGUGACCUUUGUCUGCAGGUUUUGAACUCGUUGCCGUUGCCUUCUCAGCAUAUGCAAAUUUCCAAUAAGCUUGGACUCAUGCCGGACCUUACUCUUGGGCUUCGCAUGGCUCUGGAUGGUUCGAAGGUUCUAUCUUGUGAAAUGAAAAUAGAAGCAAGAUGGUUAGCUUUGUCUAACAGUAGAUCAGAGAGCGUCGAAUGUCCUUACUCAAUGGAAAAACUCGAAACAUUGGUUAGUACGUACAGCUCUUGGGAUCAUGGCCGGGAGGUUUAUAAGAUGUACGGCCGAGAGCUUUAUAAGAUGUACAUCUGGAAAAAAAGAAAAAGAAAAAUAGCAUAGCUGCAGCUGUCCUGGGGAUAAAAGAGUUCCCUUUACGGCGACAGCAAACCGUCCAGGAGUGAUGGCAUUGUACAAUAAGUUUCUAGAUUCUGUA